UACGGAAAUUCUAAUAAAAGUAUUUAAUUCUAUUCAUUUCUUCAUUGUAUUUACGAAUGCGAACACCAUUGUACGUUUCUCCAUAGUUUUGUAGGUACAUCGAGAGGGUAUGAAGAAAGGUGAAAAAGAAGGAAUCGGUCUUCAUCUUACAUUUAUCUCAUCAAUUAUGAAGUUUCCUUUCAAAAAACGACCAUGUUAAGCAAUUUAAAAUCGUGAAUAUAACGUUAGAUUUUGAAAAAAUUAAUUUCACUUGGACGCAAAGGCGAACCAUUUACAUAUGGCGAUUAACUGUACAUCGACCGAAUAAAUUACUUUCAUAACACAUUCGACGUACAUACAUACAUGCAUACAUAGAUACACAUUGUUCUCAACCGAUUCGGAAAAAAUCUUACCUACAUACAUAUGUAUUGUACAAUUCUUGUAUGGUGCGUGUGUAUUGCAAAUUAUAUGUAGAUUGUACACGUAUACAUAGAAACCAAAAUAUAAGUAUAACGUAUAGUUCUUCUUUAUAUGUACGUACCCAGAUACGCGUAUGUAUCUUAUUUCUAUCCACGAUGAGCAACGCUUACGAGAACGCUUAACGGUAUUCGUUUAUUCUGCUUCCCUUUCCAUUCUGUCUUUCGAACGUUUUAAGAAAUAUUUCGGCAACCUAUCUCGCCCAUGAACCGCGAUCAGGCGUCUCACAAGAGAAGAAUGGUCAAGGACUAGGUCGAAAAAUGAAAUAAUCAUAUCCGAUCAGAAACGUACGGUGUUCUCCACCUUAUUACCUAGUUAUUUUUUUUAUUAUUAACCGUUUUACAAUUAUUCGGUAUUGUAUUCGACGUGUCGCAGAAAACACAUAACGAUCGAUCCACGUACGUAACUACGUAUGUAUGUAUGUAGUUACCUAAAUGUACUUCGCGUUAUUGAAAUUCAAUGCUACCGAAGCAACUUUAACCAACGUAUGUACAUUGAAAAAUUUGGAAAAUUUCAACAGGAAUUUCAAGCAACAACGCGAUGGAUUUUCUAUUAAAAAAUCCAGAAGACGAAAAUGUCCAUUUUAUCGAUGAUAGCAAAUACAAGGGCACCUGGAAUGCGCUGGGCAUGGAGGGAAUCGGGAAAUACGUUCUACCUCAUAAUGCCAUGUUCGAAGGAGAGCUCCGCGAUAGUACUUUUCACGGUCAUGGUAGCAUGUAUUGGAUUCGUGGACAAAGGAUGGACGGUGUUUGGUACCGCGGUCAAUGCAACAAAAGCCGAUACAUCUUUAACGACGGAUUGACGUUUCGUCAAAAAAAUUGGAAAUACUGCAAAUUUCCCGAUAGGCGAUACUAUGCCUGCCUAAAGUAUGGAUUAAGACCUGCCGGUGCAACCUUGCGUACGAAUAAUCAAGCCGGACUUGUCAUCUCUCCUAACUGUUACGACGCGGGCAUCGGAAUUUUUAAUCCACGUACGAAUUGUAUCGUAUCGUAUCGAAAUCCGAACAAGGUACUUGAAAUACCAAACGACGCGUUCGUUCGAUGGAUAGAAAGCAAUUGUCUGAAGGCAUGGUCCGAACCUACCGGUUAUCGGGAAGAUCUAUAUGAAAAUUGGUAUUUCACGAAUUUCGAUACGGCCAUUCUUUCAAAGUUACUGCCUUUUUCGAACAAUUCCUCCGAUUCUUGGUGGAGAAGGUACGUACAAACGAACAAACUUUAAAUAUAACUGACUAUUAUCCUUUUUUAUUUUAAUCCUUCUUUCUCUUAUAUUCGUUUCGAGAUUAUCCACUUUUCAAAGGGACCUUACACGAAACGAAGAAAAACUGAAAACUAAUUGCUUGUCUGUCAAAUCGGAUACGUUUCAAAUGGAUAUUUAAGAAAGAAAGAAAGAAGAAAAAGGUACUUGCAACGUUUAAACGAUACAUCAUUUUACAAAUAUACUUUUUUUCUAAACUUCUUCAACCAAAAUGA